AUGGGUACCAUAUGUAGUUCAUCGAAAACGACAGGAAAUGUUUCCUUAUUGAAUCUAACACAGAAGCAACUUGAAGAAUUACAUGAAAUAACAAAGAUUUCUGAAAGUGAAAUAUUAAUGUAUUAUAGACAAUUUAUAAAAACAAGUCCAACUGGACGAAUUACACAUGAGCAAUUUGAAGAUCAUCUUAAAACGAUGAAUGUAUCAACAGAUGGAAGUAAAGCUAUAUUUAAAAUGAUUGACAAAGAUAAUUCUGGUCAAAUAUCAUUUCAAGAAUAUCUUGUUUCAUUAAUUAUGUUUUCUGAACAAUCUCAGCCAGAACAACAAUUAGGUGCUGUUUUUGAUACAUAUCAAGCAUUAUCUCGGCGAAGCUUAAAAACACCAGUGAAUGAUUCAUCUGUAGAAGGUAUGACGCGAAAUGAUAUUGAACAUAUGCUGAAACGGAUACAUCCGGAUUUAUCAAAAGAAGAUAUUGAAAAUCUAUGUGAUCGCUAUAUGGAAGAUGAUCAAAAUAAGAAUGGUUUUAUUAGUAAACAAGAAUUCAUUUCAGCAUGUAUGAAAAAUCCUAAACUUAUGGAACAAUUGGGACAUAAAGAUGCUAUUAUUAGAAAUGAUAUCAAUGAAGACGAAGGUUAA